GAGCUAUCAAGGUAGCUACCUGAACAGACUUUUUUGAGUGGCAGUUUAGGGAGCGGCUGUGAAUCUGCCGAGGUUUGCCAGCUUCUCGGGAACUGAAAUAAUUAAAGAGUGCGAAGCAAGAAUGGACGACGUUCAAGUCACAGAUGACAUCAGUGUCCAGGCCCGUCGGGGCCACAUGGAUUAUGGCCGAGAUCCGGUAACGCCGGUAAGGAUCAUGACUGAGAGCAGCACGGGUAAGACCGAUGAAGGCACGGAGGGUAGCGCCGAAAAGGACAGAGGUGACCCUUCUCAGAAGCCCCCUUAUUCAUACGUGGCUCUUAUCGCCAUGGCCAUUAAAGAAAGUCACGAAAAGAAAUUGACGCUGAAUGGAAUUUAUCAGUUUAUCAUCAGCAAAUUCCCCUACUAUGAGAAAAACAAGAAAGGCUGGCAAAACAGCAUUAGGCAUAACCUGAGUCUGAACGAAUGUUUCGUAAAAGUUCCUCGGGAAGGCAUUGGGGAGAAGAAGGGGAAUUUCUGGACUUUAGAUCCUGCCUUUGAGGACAUGUUCGAUAAAGGGAAUUACAGACGACGCCGACGGAUAAAACGACCAUACACGCAUCAGUCCGUUCCUUACUUGCCGGGGAAACCAUGCUUGAAUUAUUCUGACGGCUGCUGUUCGCAUCAGAAUGCAAAGUAUUUGCAGAACCCAUUCGUAAAUAAUGCAUGGUCCCUUCCUCAUUCAAGUCCACUGGAGUCAAGAGCGUCAAUCAACUACCAGCAGAUGCAAACCGGCGACGGAAUUACUAGCCCUGCAUCUCUGAGUGGACCCUACAAUUCCGCUAUGAACUGCUACCACCGCUUCCAGCCCAGCUACGGCGCCUAUCAUCGACACACAAACAUCCUUGUGCCCCACGGCGGCCCUUACACCGGUAUGACCCAACCAAUUAGUCCCGGAGGUGGCGCACUGUCAGGUGGCCUGUAUCACCAACCGGCCUACGGAAAACGACCUGAACUAUCUCGCGCAGUCUAUUACGACUAGCGCGGGGCAUCGGAGUGUCUGGCUGCGCGUGUGCAAAUGUAGCCGCAGUACGGGCUUAAAGUAGAAGGGAUGCUGGACACAUGACUGAUAAACACCACGUAUUAGGCCUAUAUUAAGUUAAAACGUGUCAUUUCCAUUCUUACAUAAUGAGUUUUCUAUUAAAAAAAGCAUUUUUGUUUUAUUUCCCGGUGCUGUAUUUUGAUAGAAGGUCUGUUUUGUGUUUAUUCUUAACAUUUUUGAGACAUGCACUCGAGUGUAUUACGGGAUUAAAUGGUUAAAUUGGUUAAAAUUGAGUUUCUCACUGUUAAAUUACCGUAAUAAAAAAAAAACCGGUACCAACAGCACCUGUAACGAGUAUUUACAAGGCUAAAAGUUUCCUUCUUGCCUUCGUUGCAGCGGAGUUCCAGGUUGGAAGUUGUCGAUUGUUCUAAAAAUCUUAUAGGUUAAUUAUCAAACCAUACGCAGAUGCUUAUGUUUGCAGUUUUAGCUCAUAUUCGGAAAUCUUGCCUUACAUUAUUGACAAGUUAUCUGUUCAAAAUUAGUUUAUAUUUUUGAGGUAAUGAUUUAAUUUGUGAGUUGGGAUGAAAACAGAAAAAUGUUACCAUGUUCUAUUGACAAUGGCACUGUUUGUGUUUACUGCUUUUCAUUAGGUCGUAGCUCAAUAAAUCGUAUUUUUGCAUAAAA